AUACACUCUUCCAGCUGAAGUUCACAGCAAAGCAGCUGGAGAAGCUAGCCAAGAAGGCCGAGAAGGACUCGAAGACUGAGCAAGCCAAAGUCAAGAAGGCCCUUCAGCAGAAGAACGUAGAAUGUGCUCGCGUCUAUGCAGAGAAUGCAAUCCGGAAGAAGAACGAAGGUUUAAACUGGCUUCGGAUGGCUUCCCGAGUGGAUGCAGUGGUCUCCAAGGUGCAGACGGCAGUGACCAUGAAGGGGGUGACUAAAAAUAUGGCUCAGGUGACCAAGGCCUUGGACAAAGCUCUGAGCUCCAUGGACCUGCAGAAGGUCUCGGCGGUGAUGGAUAAAUUUGAGCACCAGGUUCAGAACUUGGAUGUUCACACCUCGGUGAUGGAGGACUCCAUGAGCUCUGCUACCACCCUGACCACGCCGCAGGAGCAGGUGGACAGCCUCAUCGUGCAGAUUGCCGAGGAGAAUGGCUUGGAGAUCAUGGACCAACUCAACCAGCUCCCCGAGGGGGCUUCGGCAGUGGGGGAGAGCUCCGUCCGCACCCAGGAAGACCACCUGUCCCGAAGAUUGGCUGCCUUGCGGAAUUAAAGUCUCCCAUUGUUCUGGAUGAUCACUGUUCCCCUACUGAUCGUGCAUCGAGUGGGGAGAUGGGGGAGACCCCCCCCCAAAGCUCCCACUCCAUCCCUGCUUUGGCCUUCUGCUAGCAAAACCAGAACCAGCAAGCCACUCCUUCAGCAGCCUGUUCUUCUGCGGUGGACUCUUUGGUCUUUUUUGAUGAUGACUACUUCCUGAAGAGGCAGCAGGAAGAGAUGUUGGAGGGAGGUUUGCCGAAUGAGCUUGAUCUUGCUCUGGGCUUUGGUGGCAGAGUGUUCAGGGCUCUUGUCUUUAAAGCAGCGCUACCACUCCCUCUCUGCAUCCUGGACCUCUAGGGGGGAGUGAUUCUAACACUACAUGGAGAUCUUGUUGAAAGGGGAAGUGCAUGUUCUGAUGGGACACUGGGUGCCUGACCAUCUCCGGAUGCUGUAUCUCUAGCAAAUGUGUAGUGCAUCUUUCUCUCCACAGCCUGUACAUUGGCUCUCUUAGCCGCUGUGGGCGACCCGCUACUAACAGCUUGCAGCAGGUAGUGCCAUGAAUCCUUCCCAUUUCCAUCCAAGCCCCUUUCUUCCCCACUGCCUGUUGUAGCUGGAGGGAGGGGUGCCCGCCCAGGGCAUACCUGCACAUUGGUAGUGUUUCAUGGGUGAGGCAGCUGCCUUGGACAGGCACAAAUCUAUGUAGUGGCAUCUCUUACUCUAACAUCCAUAUUCCCAGUUAUCUGCUAGUCCCUGGUGCAGCGCCCGUAGCAUUGAGACGAUAGGGACCCCAGUGUGAUGCCCAGCAUGCAGGGAUCUCGCUUUGCCAACUUAGCCCUGGCACUGCUUGUCACGUUGCCCGCCCUGGAUUUUCUCACUGUUAAGUGACCUUUGAGAAGUUUGCCUCCACAACCACACGCUGUGACCACUGAGAUCUGGCCAGGCGAGCUGGGAUUCUUCAUGCAUGCCACCCCAGCGAGCGAAGCUGUCCUGCGGUGCUCUAGCUGGACAGCGUUCAAGGUGCAGCGCUGUCUGCUGGGGAGUGGUCUGUCUCCAAGCUCUGUCGCUGGCAGCACGGCAGCAGAGCAAACGUCCAGCCCCUCCUGUGAAUGGUGAGGAUGUCUCCACUGUCCCAGCGGAUGUUGUACUUCCCUCUUAAAUACCUCUGUUGCCUUUACCUCUUGGGUCUCUUCCCCCACUCCCUUCCUCAGGGCUGACACUGACAAGAUGCCCCAGCUCCACUGAUGACUGAGUGUAAGUUCGUCACUUCCUUUAACCCAGUCCACACUGCAGGCCCGGGAGCCAGGCUGAGACGGAAGGAUCAGCCCCCCCCCCCACUUCCCUCAGCCCCAGGCGUGAGAGCUUUGGGAGGCGUGCGGUGUCACUUCUGACGCUCAGACUCCUCUUCAGCCCAGGACCGGGGGAGUGGGAGGGAGCGAGGGGAGAUCUGAGCCUGGCUUGCUGCUGGAUGGGAGGGGAACAGAUCCAGGUUCCCAUUCAGAGGAGUUUUAACCCCCAUUCCUGCUGGCUCCACGCUAGCUGCCAUGUGCUGGGAAUCUGGUACCACUGUGCCGGAGUCAAUGCAGAGAACAUCUGGCAUACCCAGCAACAUGGCAGCUAAAGUAGGGAGUGGUUACUGUGAUGAACGGCCCUGGGGCUGGAGUGCUGGUUUCACAGGGAGUGCUGGCUCACAAUUCAUUAGGUGUCGCUAGGUGGUAAGUGUCCAGUAUCUUCUCACAGAUGUCCUAAGGGACCGGCUUCUCUUUGGUUAGGGGGCAAGAAAUCCCCGCUUUGGGGAGCAAGGGAGGCAGAUGGCAUCAGACACACUCCCCAUCACCCUCGCCCCUGAGAGUGUCUGGUGCCUGACGGUGGCUGGCCUUGCCACUCUCAGUGCAGAAGGCAUGUCGCUGGAGUACGGAGUACAGAAGAAGUCAGCAGGCUGGGGGUUCUGCAGCACUUGCGGGCGGACACACUUCGACAUCUCUCGAUAUUUUCCCUCCGCGUCUCGUGGCCUUGGAAGAUGCACGUUCGCCUCCCUUUUGCGAUUACCCUGAGCUGUGGCCGCCCCCCACAGGCUGACAGAGGAGACGCAGGUUCCUUUCCUAGACUCGGGAGGAAGCUGGGGCUGUAGGCGAGCUGAGGGGCUUUGUUACUAAUCCUGGCGGAGUCCCGGACUUGCUUGUGACCAGGUGUUUGGUCUCUGUGCCUCGAUCAGACCCAGGUGGGUAAAAUGCAGGAGCCCCCCUGAAAAUCUGAGCAGAGCUUUCCAGGGCAACCCCGAGGGGGGGCAUUUACCUGGGGUUGCAGGGCAGGCUGACCUGGGGCAAUGGUGAACAUCUUGUUCCACCCAGCUGGAGUGUUUGCAGGAGGCACAGCGAGCACUAGCCCUAUUCCUCCCCGCCCCUGGCUCCUACCUUGUGGAAAUGGCUUACCCGUGCCCAGCUCCUCUCCUGGCAGCUGGUGAAAUCAGGAGAAGGGGUCAGCCCGGCCUUUGCCCUGGGGAGGAGAUCCUGCCCUCUGUAAAUGAGCCUAUUCUUUUCGUGUGGUGCUGUCUGUGUGUUUUUACAACGCUGCUUUCCUUUGCUGGUUUUGAAAUGAACACUGUAAAGUCCACUCUGCCGUUUUAAAUAAAGGAACUGUCCUGAAAAUCA